UGUCGUUCAUAGUUUAGGAUAAUGUUUGAUCAAGUACAGUGAUGACCAUUCAUCUAUGAUCAAAUGGUUCACAUGCUUUAAACCAACUUCAUAUGGAAUGGCUUGAUGUUUUGGUCGAUUAGCUUUGAUAAGAAGCUGAAGCUGUCUUGUUGUGAUCCCCAUUGAGAUGAUAUUACAGGUUUUACUUGGUUGGAUUCAUUGGAAAUGCACAUCAAAGAAUUUGAGCUGAUCUAACAUGACUUCUGUAGAGUUGGUUUCCACUGCUACAGUAUCCAAUCCACUCCUUGUAAUAUAUACUUGUGAAUGGCACCAUGAAAGCAACCAGUGGCAUGAAUAAGACCUUCUACUUACACUGUUACCCGGUGACGAUGGCAAUAGAAACCAUCGUCUCUGAUCUGACACAGUUAUGGUGUUCUUAGCAUUGAAGUAUUGCGCAUUGACUUGGUUUUGCAGGCACCUUCGACCAGUCUUCUCCUUCACAUGAACACAUUAAUGACACUGUAUAUAUGUAGGCACCACAUUCUUCUUCCCAUCGAAGCCAAGACAUCAGUUUCUUCUCAAUCCAUCGAGAACAAGGAACAUGAAGAAGAUAGUGAUCAAAGUGCAGAUAAAGUGCGACAAAUGCCGCUCCAAAGCCAUCAAGCUAGUUGCCGCAACAGGGGUUGAUUCAGUCGCAAUAGAAGGGGAGGACAAGGACCAUCUGGUGAUCGUCGGCGACGACAUCGAUCCUGCAAACUUAACAUGCAUCCUGAGGAAGAAAGUUGGCCAUGCAAAUAUUCUCAAGGUGGAGAAAGCGAAGAAGCACAAGCUUGAGAGUGUGGUGCACUUGUAUCCCAAUUACCCACAGUGUUCUCAGGUGGUGUUGUAUGAUUCUGAAAGCUGCAGCUCCAACACAAAUGCAUGUUCCAUCCUGUAAACAAUGUGUCAUUGAGAUCCAAGCAUGUCUGCUUUGCUGGUUUGUCUUGUGUAAGAGUCUGCUGAGGACAUGAUGUUGUUUGUUCCCGUUAGUCUUUGUGAAGUUCUCUUCUUCUUUUAUUUGUUGUAAUGUCAUUUGCAUUUACAUGAAA